AUGAAUAAUUAUAAUAAACUAGAAGAGAUAGAGGAAGAAGGAAAUUAAUCAAAGUCUAGUGAUGAAUCAUCAGAAUCAGAUAAUUUAUUUUCGUCAUAGAGAUAAGUUAAGACAAUAAGGGCAUAAAAGAAAAAAACACUAUAUGCAGAGAAGCUUAUAUAGACUUAUAAUUCAUAUUUGUAAUUUCUUGGUGGAGAAUAAUUAGGAGAUAAAGAAUAGGAUGAUUUGAAAAUGUUUUUAGGGAAUUUAACUUAGACAAGAUUAAAUUAACUUACAGAUAAAUACUAAUAUUUAACAGAAUAUGAUUAUCAUAUGGGAGAUGUAGUUAUAGCGUAAAUAUUUAUAAUAGAUAAAAUAGAUUUCCAAAUCCUGAUAGUCCUAAAAGUGAAGACUUAGGUACUUUAACAUAAUUGGAAGCAAUAUAAUUAUGUUUGAAUUGUUUUGCAGCAAAUAAAUAUGCAACAGAAUUUGAAGUGAUGGAUAAUCUGAUAUUAAUAAAAGCAAUUGAAUAAAAUUUAUAUCAUUUAGAAACUGAUGAUGAUUUUUUAAUUAAGUAAUAUGAAGAAGAAGAUAGAAUAAGAGAUGAAUAAGAAUAAGAAUAAAUAUUAAGUGACAAUAAUAAUGAUUAAUCAUCUAAACGUUUAGAUUCAGAAGAAAGAAAUGAUAUUAAAAAAAGUGCAAGACGAGAUAAGUUUCAGAAUUUAAAAAGAUGGGGAGGAUAAUAAAAUUUAUUUACUGAAGAAGUAUAAAAAUUAGAACUUAAAUUAAGACAGAUAUAUAGUUUAGAUAGAAAAACAAGAUAAACUGCUAUUAAGGAAGCAUUUAAUUUGGAUAAUUAUAAAUUAGAUCGAUUCAUUCGAAUUAAAUUAAGUGGAGGGAAAUUUCUUUAACAUAAUGAAAGAGAAAAUUAAUGGUUUAGAACUAAAAAUUAAACUAAAGAUUUUAGUACACUUAUUAGAUUAGCAGUAAUUUUAUAAUUGAGUAAAUUGGGUUUCUUAAUGAGAUAAUUUAUAUCAAAAGAUGGAUCAACCAUAUUUCUAGUAUUAUAUUAAGCAGAUGCAAAUCUAAAGAAUUUAGCUCAUAAAUAUGAAAUUACUAAAUAAUUAAAUUUCUAAUUUUAAGAUAUAUUUUCUUAUGAACCUGUUGAUGAUAAUCUAAGACCAUUAAGAUUAAAUAAUAGAUUAUGGAAAUCUAACAAUGAUUAUAAAGGAGAAUUAUCAAGAAUGUUUAUUUAUCUUAAACCUAAAAUUGUAGAAUUACUUGAUAAAAUCAAUUAUAAAUUAAUUUCAAGAGAAAUCAAUUAAUCUAUGAUAAAUUAAUAAAUAUUUUCAUAAGGGGAUGAAGAAGUCAUUGAUGAUUAUGCUCCAUCUGAUGAUGUAUGGAAGGCUUAUUAUGCUUAUUUAAUUUACUUAGAAGAAAAAGUUAAUCAUCUCAGAAAUUUAUGUAUUAUUUAAGAUGAAUUUGCUUAAAUGGUUAAUAAAAAUACAAAAAGUAAAAAACCAUAUGAAAUUUAUAUGGAUAGAAAUCCAGAUAAACUUUAAUUUUAAGAUUAAAUUAAUAGUCAAGAUAUUCACAUUCUAGAAUCUUUAUAAAAAGAAAAAGAAAUUGAAGAAUAAAUUGAUUUAAAUGGAAGGAAUAUUUAAUUAAUGGAGAUAUUUUAAGGAAUUUUCUAAAUAAUUCAAGAAUAAAAGAAAUAUUAAAAAUAUUAUGAUUAAAUUAAAGGUAUUUGCAAUAUUAAUGCAAAUAAAUUUAUUAAUUCUAAAGAUAUUAAAGUCUUAAAGAAAGAAUAGUUAGCUAAAUCAUAUUUAGAUUUAUUUUAAGAGGCUUUGUAAAUAACUAAUUUGGGUAGUGUUAAAUCUCUUAAGACUAUUUGGGAUUUAACAGAAAUAUAACCUUUUGAACCUUUUAUAACAUAUAAAUUAACAUCAGAUAAAUUGGCAAAAAGUUAAUAAUGUAAAAUUAAUGCACUUUGGAAAUAAUAUUGUAUAACAGAGACUGGUAAAAUUUCCUUAUUUUCAAAUAUGGAGAGAAUGAAAAUAAAUAAUAUGGCUUUGGAUGAGAAAAUUAAUUUUACAAUUCUAAUAUCAGAUAAAUUUGUUUUGGCUAAAUAUUGUUUACAUGAUAAUUUUGAAAUAUAAGGUAAGAGUAAACGUUCAUUCUUUGUACCCAUUUUUAAAUCUGAUUAUAAUAUUGAAAUUUUAAAAAAUAAAUCUUUAUUUCUUUAUUUUUAUAAAGAAAUGAAUGAGAGGAAAUAUUUAAAUAUAAUUGGUUAAAAUAGAUAUUAGAAUCAUGAAUAUUAGUUUGCAGAAAGAAAACUUGAGAAUCUAGCAUUUUAAUGGAGAUUUCAAUGGAAUCAUCCUUGGUUUGUGCCAACCAAAUAAAUUAGAGAUUAUUACGGAGAGAAAUUAGCCAUUUAUUUUCAUUUUGUAGGAUACAAUGCAUCUAUGCUUUUUCCAAUAGGAUUAUUAGGAUUUACUUUUAGCAUAAUUCAAUUUAUUGUUAGUGAUACUAAACAUCCAAUUUAUGUUUACUUAUACAUUAUAUUUGGGUUUAUUUAAAUUUAAUGGAGUAAUUUAAUGCAUGAUAUGUGGUAAACAAAGGAAAAGGUUUUUGCUAUGUAAUUUGGAUAAUUCAAUUAAACUGGUGAAGAUACAACAUAGUAGAGAUCAUAAUUUUAUGGUUAUUAUUCACGUUCAAUUGAAAGUGAUAAUUUAAAUGUUCUAUUUUUCACAGAUUUAUAAAAACUUAUGAAAAAGAUAGUAUCAUUUGCUUUACUGUUUGUCAUGGUUAUAUUCUAUGUGGGUAUAAUUGUAUCUAUUUUUAUUAUUUCUGAUCUAUUACAGGAUGUUGAGACUUUUGCUGAACCUGGUAAUUAGACAGCUCUUUUUGAAGUCACAAUUCCUGCUUUCAUAAAUUUGAUACUUGUAUUAUUAUUAGACAGAGUAUUUGAUAGGUUAGCUAUUGUAUUAACAGAUUAUGAGAAUCAUAAAACAAUUAAAAUGUAUGAAGCUAACUUUAUAUAUAAAAAGUUCUUCUUGUGUUUUUUUGCUUUAUGUGUUCCAAUUUUAGAAAUAUAAUUUCUUCAUACUGUAAGAAUUCUUAUUUAAUUUAAAUUAGAAAUUUGGUUUACAUUGCGCUCAUGGAGAUUGUUUGAAACAUUCAUGCUAUCAUUUUGCAACAAUGUUUUUACUUUAGUUUAUGAUUAACGUAUAUAUAAAGACCAGAUUAAUUGUAAUUAAUUUUUUAAAAGAUCUCCACCGUUAAAUUAAAUAACCUAAAAAGAAUGAAACAAAAUAUACAAAUCUUAAUCUUAAUGUGAAUUCUCAAUAAUAAAAAUCUCUUAACAAUGAUAAGGUUUCUGGUUCAAAUUAAGGAUCUCUCAAAUCUAGUAUAGAUCCUUUAAAAUCAAUUUAAUAAAAGAAAUCCUUAUCUCAUUAAAGUAGACAAUCAAAUUAAUUAAAAUCAAUUGAUAGACAUUCAUAACACAAUUCAAUUUCUUAAUCCCCAAAAGCAAAUUUAUAAUUUUUUUAAGAAAACUAAACGAUAAACUUGUAGAUUUAAGAUUAAGUUGUUGAUGAAUAGGAUAGUGUUUAGGAGAAGAAGUAGGAAGAUCCUUUUCAUUUAAUAAAUAAUUACAUUGAAGAAUGUAAAUUUAUGUGUAAAUAAUGAAUUUAGAGUUUUUUGAUAAAGAAUCAUAUGUUAUAAGUCCUGAAAGAUAUGGAACAGUUGAUGAUUUUAUGGAAAUAGCUAUCCAACAUUCAAUGCUUGUGUUGUUUGGGACAACAUUUCCAAUAAGUUAUAUGAUAGCAUUUAUGAGAAGUCUUUUAGAAUUGUAAUGUGAUAAAUUGAAAUUACUGAAUGAAAUGUAGAGACCUAUUCCAAUCAGUGAAAGUACAAUUGGAGUUUGGAAUACAGUAUUGGAUGGAUUAGCAUAUUUAUCAUUAGUAGUAAAUAGUGGUUAGAUUACAUCUAAAAGAGAUGAUAUAACUGCUUAAGAUGAUUUAAUAAGAAUGUCUGGGUUUUUUUUGAUUUGUUUAUUAGCUAAUUUCUUUUUAAGGUUUGUUGAAAUGACUUUGUUUAGUGAAUUACCAUUUUAAAUAUAGGAUUUAUUAUAAAGGUAAGCAUAUUUUAUAAAGAAUACUGUUGAAAAGUUUAGAGGUUCAGCAGAACGUUCAUCAAACAAAGCUAUAAAUCCUAGAAGUUUAAAACGUUAUCCUAUUCUUAAAAUAUAUGGAACUAAAGUAAAGGAUGUAAAAAUCAAAGAGUUAGUAGAGUUGAGUUCAGAUUCAGAUGUAGAAGAUUAUGUAAAAAGAAUGGAAGAAAAAAAGGGUAUCAAACAUGAAAAGAAGAAAAUUAAACCAAAAACAGAAAAAAAGACAAAAUAAAAAAAUUAAUAAGAAAAUGAAGAAGUAGAAGAAAAUGAAGAGUAAGAACAAGAAGAUAAUUAGAAUUUAAAAUUACUACAAGAAGCAAGCAAUAAGGAAUAAUCAAUUGAAGAAUUAUAGUAAUAUUUCAAUGCAAGAAUUUCUAAUUGGGCUAUGAAGUUUAAAAUGAAAGACACUUAAGAUAAAGAAUAAUAAUUAUUAUAAAAGAUCUUCUUUUAAAGAACUUUAAGCUUUUUAAAAAUGAAAGAUUAAUUGAAUCCACAUCAGAAAUAAUGGACUAUGGAUAGAUAUACUUAUAGAAAGUAUUUUCUACCUAGAUCUUUAGUACUUAUUAGAAAUUUAGAUUGGAGACGAUAUUUGAUAUUCAAAGAAGGAGAUAAAAGACUCAAGAAAUCUCUAAAAUAAUAAUAAAAUAAGAAAUAUGAAUAAUAAUUAGAUUUCCUAAAUAAACAUUAAGACAUCUAAUAAAAUGUAGUAGAAAAAAUGGAAAUAUUAAAUAAAAAGAAAGAAUAUGUUAAAAAACAUGUAUGGAUUGAUGGUCGUAGUACAGUAUAUUUAAGAUCAGGAGGAGUUUGGUUUGGAUAAUUCAGGAAAACUACUAAUAAAGUUUCAGGAGUUAAAGUAGCUGAAAGUUAUUUUAGAAUUUUGGAAAAGUUUAAAAAAGUUUGUGAAAAUGAAAAUAAAGUUAUGGAAGAGAAUAUUUAAGAUUAGAAAUAAGAAAAUCCAGAAGAUUCAAAUAAAAAUAAAAAGGAUGUGAAAUUCAAACCUAUAGAUGAACAAUUCUUUAAUUUGACAUGUAAUCUAUCUUAAUCUUAACUCAAAAAGUUUUCAUCUACUUCUUUAAUUUCUCUUCUAGACUCUUUACAAAUUAGACAUAAAGAACAUUAUAUUUAUAUGGUAUCAUCAAAAGGUGUUAGUUAAAUUGAAUAUUAAUUAGAUAAUUACAUCACUCCUGAAUUACGAAAGCAAAAUAGAAUAAUGAAUUAUAGUUACAUUCCUUUUAGAGUUUAGGCUCCAUUAUUGAAAAUGAAUUCUAUGUAGAUUUGGGAAUUGUUCAUUGAGGAAUAACUUUCACAAACUUAACCCAAGAUUAAUCUACUAUAUAGAAUUGAUAAAAAGAAAGAUCAAUUUGCAUCAAAUAUUAAUACUAAUAUUUUUGGUUUACAACCAUAAAAUAAAAGGUGGAUCAUGUCUUAUGUUGAUGUACCUAAAAGAGAGGAUACAAUGCUAUAUUAUACAACUGAGAUUUCUUACAAUAGAAAUAUUUACAAAGAUUUUGUUAAUAGAGUUUAUCGAUUUUAUGAUAUUGUUGAAGGUCCAGAUUAUGAGAGUAUAAAUUUACCUAUAGGAAUGGCUAAACUUAGUUAUUUGAAAAUUUAAAAGUAAUGUCCAUUUCUAAAUUUACGAGAUCCCUUAGUUAAAGGUUAUUUAUGUCGAGCUUAUUCUUCUCCAUAAACUCAUUAAUUUUGCAAUGGAAAAACUCUUAAAGAUGUAAUCAAAGAGAGAAAGAGUAAAUACAGUGAUAAUGAAAUCUCAAACUUUAUAACUUCAACAAUUAAAUUAUUUGAUUUUCUAGAAACUAAUAUGGGAAUGUUUCAUGGCUGUUUAAAUUUGGAGAGUUUUCUUUUAGUUGAAAAAUAGGAUAAGAUCAAACAUUUGUAAUAUGUAGUUUUUGAUUUUGGUAUGUUCUUUUGGUAUGAUCAUAAUACUGAGAAAACUUAUUUCAUGAGAUCUAUUUAGUAAAAUGAUGAAUUAUGGUAUAUUAGUCCAGAGUUAUUGACUAAUUAUCUAAAACCAAAUAAUUAGAUACCUAUCAAUCCACAGAAAUGUGAUAUGUAUUCUUUAGGCAUGGUAAGUCUUUAGAUGGCUACUCUUGGACAAAUGAAAUUAGAUGCAGAAAAAUCACUUUAAGAAUAUGAUGGUGAUGUUGGUUUUACUGUUAGAAAAUGGAUGAUGAAUAAUAAAAAUUAACUCAUUCAUGAAUAUCCUAAUUCCAGUCAAUUAAUUAUGCAAUUACUUCAUCCAGAUUAUAGAUUAAGAUUAUAUCCAUCUGUUAUGGCAGCUAAAUUAUAAGGUAGAAGUCUAUUUCAUGAAAAUGGAUUUAAUAAUCCAAAAUUUGAUGAAGAAUUAGAAAUUCUUAAAUAAAAAAGAUUUUGCCCAUCUUUCAAUAAUAAUAUUUUAGAUGAUUUAAAUUUAGAAUAAUAAUCUAAUAAUCAAAUUAUUGUUUCUAUCAAAUCCUAUUUAAAAUAAUCAAUCUUUUCAUUCGAAUAAUAUUUAAUUUUAGGAUAAUUUCAAAAAUUUGAUGAAGUCUCUCAAGAUUUUGAAGAACUCAUUAUUUAAAAAUUCUUCCUCACUUCUAUUACUGAAUAAUCAAUUUAAGAAACCUUAGACUUUUAUGCACAUUUCUAAAUUUAUUGCAAAUCUAAUAUUGUGUAUUUAGUUUCUAAUUGUUUGGAUGAAUUCAAAUAUUUUAUAUUCUACUUCUAAUUCAAAAUCGCCUUCUUUAUUUACGUUAAUAGAUUAGAAAAUAGUACCAAACUAUGUAAUUAGAUAAUUCAAUUAUUAAAUGAAUUUGAGGAAAUUAUCAAUGAAGUUGUCUAACUUAGUUAAAUAGAAAACCCUGUAAUAUAGGAAAAGUUUUAAAAUGAUGAAAAGUAGAUCAAUGAUUUAUUACAACUCUAAAAGGAUGAUUAUUAAUCAUCGAAAUUCAUUAAAUAAUUUUCUCAUCAUAUUAGUGUUUAUGUUUUUCAAAUGUAGUAUCUAUUAUUUUCUGUAUGCAAUCUAAAUGGUAUGUAUUAAAUGGGUUUACAGUAAACUAAUACAUUAAUAACAGAAUAAUGGAAUGAAAUAAAAUAUGAAUUAAAAUAUUGUGAAAAAGAUAAUAAUUACUUUUUGUUGACAAAUUCCAUUAUUAUAAAAUUAUUAAGUAGAAUGCGAAUUUAAUUCUAUUAAUUAUAAUUGUUACAUGAUAGUUUUGACACGAAUGCUUUAAAUUCAACAAAUGAAUUAUUAGUUGAUUUAUAAUUGAUGAAAUUGUUUCUAUCAAAUGAAAAAAUCCCUGAGAAGCAAAGUAUAAUUAAAUCAAUUGUUAAAUGUUCAAAAAACAAAUUAAUAAACGAAGAUUUAAUGAAAUAAUCUAUAGCAUUUAUUAACUAUUAUGAAAAUUAGGCUAAAUUUAUUUAACUCUUGAUUUACAACAGGAAUAAGUAGUUUUCAAAGAUAGAUGAUAUUGCUUCUUUGUUGGUGAAAUAAUUAAUCUAAACUAAUUGCAUUUUGGAAUCAUUACAUUUCAUUCCUAUGAUAGGUUGGAUAGGUGAACACUUUUCUGAAACCAAUCAAUAAGAGUAAAUGUAAUUAGUAUAUUAACAUGUAAUCUAACUUAUGGAAGAACAAUUUAUGAUAUGUGAAAGCUUUUAAAUUGAGUCAACAAUUUAUUUCAACUAUUUAAAAGUAGCAAUCACUUAAACAGUUUUUUAUUGUUCUUAAUUACUUUAUUAUAAUGUUUUAUCAAUGAGUAACGGAAUCUAUUAAGGAUUUAUGCAAUUAAUAAAGUCUCAUAAUUUAUAUGGAAAUAACAAUUUACUCAGUCACAUUAUAUAGGUUAAAAUAAUGCAUGUAUUAAUUGAAAAUUAAUAGCAUUAAUAUCCUUAUUAUUUUAAACAAAAUGAAGAUCAAUUAGAUUACAAUUAUGAUGUUCCAAACUCUGUAUUAAGUUCAUCACUCAUUCUAAAUUUAUUAAAAUUAUACAAAUUUGUCAUUAAAUACCUCAAAUUAAGUGAAGAAUAAGAGCAGAUUGAAAUAACUUGGUUUGAUGAUGAUAAACUUAGUUAAUUAAAAUUAGAAUUAUUAUAUGGAUAUACUUUUACCUUAAGUAAAUAAAAUAUGGAAACAGAAAAUUCAUCUUCUUUUAUUGAUUUGUAAUUUGCUAUCAAAAAAUAAAUUAUAAUUAUUGAAGAAUAAUUACAAAAUUCAAAUAUUUUUGUCAUUAUUGAAAAUAAGAUUCUCUUUACAAGAAUAUUGUAACUAACCUAUGAUUAUUCAUAAGCUUUUGAUUACAUAAAGAUAAUUGAUUUGUUACAGUAAAUUCCAAAUAAAGAAGAAGAUAUUUAAGAUUAAUAAAAGUCUUCUUUGUAAUAAAUCUUUUUUUCUUUAAUUGACAUUUUUGUUAAUAAUAAUUAUUUCUAAAACAAUUAAUAAACAUAUAAACAGAUGAUGUAAUUAGAAGAAAUGCAAUUUAUUAAAAAUCAUAAAGUGUUUUAAAUUCGAUUCCUUUUAAUUAAAUUAUUGGAUUUUUUCUUAAAAUGUCAAUAAGUAGAUUUGAAUAACGAACUCAUUAAGUUUUUAUUUACAUUAUAUUAAAAUAAAGCAAAAGUGUUAAAAAAGGAGAAGUACUCUUUAAAAUUAGCAUUAGAAGUGAGUAAAUUGAGAACGUAUAUUUUAUCAGAGGAGGUUAGAUAAUUAAUUGAGAAAUAAGAUAAAAAGGAUAAUAUAAAAAUUUAAGAUUUAUUUGAGCAUAUUUAGAAUGCAUACAGUAUAAUAGCAGAGAGCAAAGAAAAAAAAUAAAAGAAAAAGAAAGGUAAGAAGUAAUAAGCAAAUGUAGCUACAAAUAUAAAUCGAUAUUUAUUAGCACAACAAUUAGAAUAAUAAGAUAUGGAUAAAAUUUAAACAGGAUUAAUACAUAUCGAUGAUAAAGAUUAAGGAUUUGAUAAUUAAAUAGCUCUUUGUUAAUUGGGAGUAAAAUUGAUAGUUUAUUAAUUACAUGUAGGAUAAUUCAGAGAUGCUGAUUCUAUGGCAUAUAAUAUAAAAAGGAAACUAUUUGAUUUGAUAUAUUAUGAAUUAUGCAGAAUGGCUUUAAAUUGGUAAAGCGAAAGAAUAUUCUUAAAAUCAAAUGCAACAGAAAUAUCGGUAAAUUAAUUAUUUAAAGCAUUAAAUAUUCAUGAUUUAAAAUUUGAAAACUAUGAACACAAUUUAUUACAUGAUAUAAAACCUAUAAAAUAAAUAGCAUUAAAUGUAAGAAAUUUCUUGGUCUUAAAAUAAGUGUUAUUUAUGAGAUUAUUAUAUUCAUAUGUAGAGGGAUUGUAAGCUUUGUGUAUAAUAAUGAAAGGAGAUUUCAAACUAUCAAAAUAAAACCUUUAUUUGUAUAUUAAAUAAUUAUGAUUAGUGUAUAAACCUUUGGAGAUUCUGAUAUAGAUGAAAUAUCAGCACUUAUCACAAAUGUUCUAAUGCUUUUUGAAAUAACAACAGCAGAUUAUAGUUCUGCAUCUAAUAAAGCUAUUAAAUUGUUAAAAAUGUUAUCAAAGAGAUUAAAGCUAACAAAUAUUCAAUUGCAAACUCAUUGGAUAUACAGUUAAUUUGAUGAUACAAGAGUUUAAAAGCAAAGAGUAUUUAAAUUUAUAAAAUAGUGAUAGAUUUAUCAUCCAAUUCAUUUAGAAUAGAUAAUAGAAUUUGAGGAAAAUUUAGAAAUGUAAUAAUUUACUGAGAUAAAGUUUUCUUAUGAGGAAACAUUAACAAAAACAGCUUUAAGACCAUAUUUUGAAAUUUCCAAACUUACAACAGAAGCUUAUUUUGCCUAUAUAGAGUCUUUAAUUUAGCAACCUAAAAUUUUAAUAUAAUCAGUUGAUCCAAUAUUUUAUGUACAAAAAUAUGUUUAGUAAUAAUAUGGUUUACAACAUAUUUUUUAUGGUCAUUUAUAAAGAUUGAUAGCAACUAUGUAUUCUGAAUUUCUGAUCAAUAAAAGAAUGAAAGAUUUAGAAAUUGCAUUGCAAUAAGACUCAGAAAAGAAGAUUAAAUUUCUUAAAUAAGAAAUCACAGCCAAGACUAGAGUAUAUUUAGAAUCUAGAGUAAAAAACAAAUGUACUUAAUAAAUGGAGAAGGUAAAUAAUAAUAAAAUAUAAAUAUUAGAAAUUCAAAGAAACUAAACAGUUUUUAAAAAGCAAGAUAAAAACUUUAAGAACAAUUAGAGAUGGUAUUUCAUAUGAUGUGGUUUGCAGAUGGUCAUUAUAAGCUGCAAAUGAAUCACUUGCAAUUUAUUAGAAAUUUUGUAUCGAAUUUAAAUAUGAAUCAAACCCAUAUUUAGGUACUUUAUAUUCAACUUUUGCUAACAUAUUUUUUGUAAGAUUUCAUAAAUAUUUUAAAGGUUUAAAAUAAAAUUGUAUCCACUCAACAAUAUUUGGAAAAGGUUAAAAAUACUUUAGAAUAUUGUUAUACAUCUAUUUCAAAUCCAGACUAUUGUAGAUACUUUUAUCAAUUAGGAUAUUUAAGAUUGCAUGUAUUUUAGAUUGUAAAAUUAUAUAUUGAAGCAUUGAUUGGUUUAGCAAGAUUAAGUAAGAAAUAAUGAUUAUUUUAAUAGAUCCUUCAGAAAAGUUUGAAGUUUUAUUGGCAGUUAUAACAGAAGAUGAGAAAUUCUUGUAUCACUUUGAUUAAUAUUGUUCUCAUGGAUUUUUUUUAUUUUUGGAAAUUAAUAUUCUGAAAUAGUUAUAAAAAGAACAUGUAAUAAGGGAUAGAUUGACUUAAUCUUAUCGUAAAGAUGAAUAAGAUUUGAUUAGAUAUUUAUAAAUAGAAGGAGAUAAAUUAGCAUUUUAGAAGACAAUAGAUGCUAAUUCUAGACCUUAUGCUCAUGUGGUUGAAAAUGUAUAUAAAGAUGCAGUUCAUUUAAUUGAAAAAUAAUCUCAUAAAUUUAAUCCUGAUUAUACAGGAUUAGAAUUGUUUAUCAAAGUAAUAUAAUAUAAUAAAUUUUAGGCAUUCUAAAUUUGUAAAUUAUUAUUAACAAGUGAUAACACAAUUUAUUAAAAGAUUUUGAUUCUUGUUAAUAAAUUAUCAAAUAGAAAGAAUAGUUUAGUUUGA